CGGAGAGAAAGUUCCCGUGGAGAGCUCGCCCCCGGGAGGGCCGACGUGGAGACGGCUCGCGGCGAGGGUCGCCGGUCCCGCGGGUCCGGCCUGCCUUCCUGCCGCACGCGUUGGGCCACCCGGGCUUGGCUCAUCUGGAAGCAAGGGAACGUCGCUGGCUGCCGCGGCCGCCAAACUUGGAGGAGGAUGCUGCGAGUGGGAGCGGCGGCGCGGGGCGCGGGGGCGCACUGAGUGCUCCCCGCGGGCGGCCCGGGGCAAGAUAGCCAGGGCUGCGGCCAGGUAGCGGCUCCAGCACCCGGACUGCGCCAGCCCUGCAAGCCAGGGCCGCCAGCGCCACCGUGCCGGCGUUGCCUCCUCGCCACGGAGCCAUGGUGCACGGUGCGCACACGCUGCGAGCGGGACCCUGAGCUCCGGCCACGCCGCGCGCCCCCGCCUUCGCUCCCUGCGCUUCCCCGCCGACCUUCCCCGCGGGCCAUGAAGCUUUGCUCCGGAGAUUCUAGCCUCUGAGCGGCGCGUCGCCCGCCCCAGCCCCAGCGCCGCUGGACCACAGAUAGUAAUCCGGCCGCUGAAGCUCCCCAUCCUCUCCCAGGGACGGCACCCAGGCGCUCCGGGAUGGCGCUCCCAGGUCCCCUCCGGCCGCGCAAAGUUCGCAGGAGGCGAGAGAUGCUGCUGCAGCAAAUUGGCUUCGUGUGCGCGGUGCUGGCUUUGGUGUGCUGUGCGUCCGGCCUCUUCGGCAGCUCGGGGCACACAACAGCGUCUGCAAGCAAGUAUGUCCUACCAGACACAUGGAGAAACAGAAAGCUGAUGGCAUCACUGAAUGGGUCUCAGACAGCUAAGAAUUGCACAGAUCCUGCGAUUCACGAGUUCCCCACAGACCUGUUCUCCAACACGGAGCGACAGCACGGAGCCGUCCUGCUGCACAUCCUCGGUGCUCUGUACAUGUUCUAUGCGCUGGCCAUCGUGUGCGAUGACUUCUUUGUCCCAUCUCUGGAGAAGAUCUGUGAGAAACUCCACCUGAGUGAAGAUGUAGCCGGAGCCACCUUCAUGGCUGCAGGAAGCUCCACGCCCGAGCUGUUUGCUUCUGUUAUUGGUGUGUUCAUCACCCACGGAGACGUCGGGGUUGGGACCAUCGUGGGCUCUGCCGUGUUCAACAUCCUGUGCAUAAUUGGAGUCUGUGGCUUAUUUGCUGGGCAGGUGGUCCCGCUGACGUGGUGGGCUGUGUGCCGAGACUCCGUGUACUACACGCUCUCUGUCAUCGUGCUCAUCGCCUUCAUAUAUGAUGAAGAAAUUGUGUGGUGGGAAGGCCUGGUGCUCAUCAUCUUGUACGUGUUUUACAUUCUGAUCAUGAAGUACAAUGUGAAGAUACAGGCCUUUUUCACAAUCAAACAAAAGACCAUUGCAAAUGGCAACACGGUCAGCAGUGAGCUGGAGGACGGUAAUGAUUACUGUGGUAGCAGCUCUGAUGACCCGUCCAUGCCAUUGCUGGGGCCAGUGAAGGAGGAGCCCCAGUAUGGCAAAAACCCAGUGGUGAUGGUGGACGAGGUCAUGAGCUCCAGCCCUCCCAAGUUCAGCUUCCCGGAGGCAGGCUUACGUAUAAUGAUCACCAACAAGUUCGGGCCCAGGACCCGACUGCGGAUGGCCAGCAGGAUCAUCAUUAACGAGAGGCAGAGACUGAUCAACUCAGCGAACGGAGUGAGCAGAAAACCACUUCAGAACGGGAGGCAAGAAAACAUCAAAAACGGCAAUGUUCCCAUGGAAAACCCAGAAGACCCUCAGCGGGAGCAGGAACAGCAGCCCCCGCCCCCGCCGCCACCCCCAGAGCCAGAGCCGGUCGAGGCUGUCUUCCUGUCCCCCUUCUCCGUGCCCGAGACAGCAGGGGACAAAGCCAAGUGGGUGUUCACCUGGCCACUCAUCUUCCUCCUGUGCAUCACCAUCCCCAACUGCAGCAAGCCCCGCUGGGAGAAGUUCUUCAUGGUCACCUUCAUCACCGCCACGCUGUGGAUCGCCGUCUUCUCCUACCUAAUGGUGUGGCUGGUGACUAUUAUCGGGUACACAUUCGGGAUCCCUGACGUCAUCAUGGGUAUUACUUUCCUGGCAGCAGGCACGAGCGUUCCAGACUGCAUGGCCAGCUUAAUUGUGGCAAGACAAGGCCUUGGCGACAUGGCAGUUUCUAACACCAUAGGGAGCAACGUGUUCGACAUCCUCGUGGGACUCGGCAUCCCGUGGGGUCUGCAGACCAUGGUGAUCAAUUACGGAUCCACAGUGAAGAUCAACAGCCGGGGCCUGGUCUAUUCCGUGGUGUUGCUGCUGGGCUCCGUGGCGCUCACGGUCCUUGGCAUCCAUCUAAACAAAUGGAGAUUGGACUGGAAGCUGGGCGUCUACGUGCUGGUUCUCUACGCCAUCUUCUUGUGCUUCUCCAUCAUGAUAGAGUUUAACGUCUUCACCUUUGUCAACUUGCCGAUGUGCCGAGAAGAAGAUUAAAGCUGAGCCGCGGCCGGCUGGGAGCUGUUCUGGACACUGGCGCUAGCGUCCUCCCUUCUGUCCCCUCCCACCCUGAGUCUCCUGCACCGGCAGCCGCCAUCUGUUCUUUCUUACACUGGAAGGAAGAGCCAUCGUGGUCCUGGGUCACGGGCCAGGCUGCUGGGCGUCCUCCUCCUCCUUGGAGUUCUGUCCCCCAAAAGGCAAGAUUUGGGGGCCGCUAUUAAAGCAGCUCUGCAGACCGGAGCUGCCAGUCACAGGGAUGUGGCAUGUGUCUGAUCUCUCUUGGACACUUCAGUCAGAAAGACUUCUGUGUGCAGUUGGUCUUUCUGUUCCACAGCAUCCUCAGAGGGUGAAUGAGGUGGUCGGUGAAUGGGACAUCUCCCAGGGCAAGUGCAAAACAGGAGUGUCCCCUGGGCCUGAGGGGUGAGGUCCGUGGGCAGCCUACGCUGUGAAGAGCUGCAGGAACACUCGUGGUUUGGAGGGGCAGGGCCUCCACCUGCUGGGGGGGUGGGGCCAUGAAGGCAGACACCCCUUUUUCUGGACAAAUUGGAAGAAUGGAAACAGUUUUUCAGAUUUGUUCUGUUUUUGUUUUACAGCAGAAGAGAAAACAAGAAUACACUAUUUUUCUCAUGUUUAUUGAUGCAUUCAGAGAAUGAGUAAUGAAAUAUUAAAAAUAAAAUGUCCUAUAGCUCAUCAUACUUGAAAACUAUCAUUCCAUACAAAAGGACCAUUAUGGGGACCGAAAAGGUGACGCGGAAAACGAACCCUGUGCGUACCGUGUGGCGUGGACACGGAGACGUUUGGCUUGGAACUUGGGAAAGAGUACGCGACUGACCUCUAACUGGGUGCUAAUUCACAGACACGGCAGAGAUCGUAGUGCCCAGCCAUA